GCAACUAUGUCGGCACUUCCAAUGAGCUCCACGGCUGCGCCAAUGACGUGCGAAGAAUGAUCCCGGUCCUGGCCAAGCUGGGCUUUCCUUCCGAUAGCGCGAGUCAAAAGGUGCUCCUGGACGAGGAAGGGGUGUCCGGCCCGAAGCCCACGCACGCCAACAUGCUGGAGGCUCUCGACUGGCUCGUGGCCGGGGCCUCCGCGGGCGAUGCGCUGCUGCUCCACUACUCCGGCCAUGGGGGCCGGGAGCCGGCGCAGGACGGCGGCUACCACGAGACGCUGGUGCCCCUGGAUUUCGAAAGCGCAGGAAUGCUGCGGGACACCGAGCUCUUUGAGCGGCUGGUGAGGCGCCUGCCCGAGGGCUGCAGGCUGACCUGCAUCCUGGACAGCUGCCACAGUGCUGGGGCCUUGAAUCUGCCCUACAUCUUCGUGGGCACCGAGGCAGAGCUCCGAAAGGCCGUGGCCGGUGAGGCCGUGCGCAUGGCGCUGUCCAUGCGGUGGAAGUCCGACCUCGAGAAGUGGAGCCAAGGCUCCUCUAAGGAGCUCUUCGGCGACGUCAGCUCCAUGGGCAAGAACCUCUGGAAGAUGUACCAGGACGGGCAGAGCGGCUUCGUGACCGAUCAGGAGCAGACGCGCGGCAUCGCCGUCGGGGAGGUGGUGGCCAUCACCGGAUGUCGCUCGGAUCAGACGAGUGCCGACGUCGGGGACGUGUCCACAUUCGGCAUCGAGGGAGUUUCGGGCUCUGCUGGUGGUGCGCUCACCUCCGCUUUGGUGGAAGCCCUGGAAGGGGCAGAGUCCCUGACGUACGCGGACCUCCUCGAGCGAAUGAGGAGAGAGCUUGCCGCCAAAGGGUUCUCUCAAGUGCCGCAGUUUGUGUCCUCCCUCCUUGUGGAGCUCAAGCAGCCCUUUAAGCUGGACAGCAUCUUCGUGGAGGACAAGCAGUGA